GAUGAAGAGGCAGUGGUGGACAGGGGUGGAACACGCUCCAUUCUGAAAACACAUUUUGAAAAGGAAGACUUAGAAGGUCACAGAACUUUGUUUAUCGGUGUUCAUGUACCUCUGGGAGGAAGGAAAAGCCAUCGACGCCACAGACAUCGUGGGCACAAGCACAGAAAGAGAGACAGAGAACGAGAUUCUGGCUUAGAAGAUGGCCGAGAGUCUCCUUCAUUUGACACCCCUUCGCAGAGAGUGCAGUUCAUUCUUGGAACAGAAGAUGACGAUGAGGAGCACAUCCCACACGACCUGUUCACAGAACUGGAUGAGCUUUGCUGGCGUGAAGGCGAGGAUGCCGAGUGGAGGGAGACUGCCAGGUGGUUGAAGUUUGAAGAAGAUGUAGAAGAUGGAGGAGAGAGGUGGAGUAAACCAUACGUUGCCACUUUGUCACUUCAUAGCUUGUUUGAACUGAGAAGUUGUAUCCUCAAUGGCACAGUGUUGCUAGACAUGAGAGCCAAUUCUUUAGAAGAAAUUGCUGACAUGAUUCUUGAUCAGCAAGUAGGCUCCGGACAGCUCAGCGAAGACGUUCGGCACAGAGUGCACGAAGCUUUGCUCAAACAGCACCAUCACCAAAACCAGAAGAAGCUGAGUAACAGAAUCCCAAUAGUCAGGUCCUUUGCUGAUAUCGGCAAGAAACAGUCCGAGCCUCAUUCCAUGGACAAAAAUGGUCAGAUUGUUUCCCCACAGUCUGCACCAGCUAGCACUGAAACCAAAAAUGAUGUGAGCAGAGAAAACAGCACUGUUGACUUCAGCAAGGGACUAGGAGACCAACAAAAAGGGCAUAACAGUAGUCUAUUUGGGAUGAAACAGAGACAUGAAAAAGGACAUCUGCAUCAGGAAGAGAGAGAGAGAGAGGUUGACCUGCAUUUCAUGAAAAAGAUCCCUCCAGGAGCCGAAGCCUCAAACAUUUUGGUUGGUGAGCUUGAAUUCUUGGACCGUGCUGUAGUCGCCUUUGUUAGAUUGUCACCUGCUGUGCUGCUUUCGGGAUUAGCAGAAGUUCCAAUCCCAACAAGAUUUUUAUUUAUUCUUCUGGGACCCCUAGGAAAAAGCCAACAGUACCACGAGAUUGGCAGGUCAAUUGGAACAUUAAUGACAGAUGAGGUAUUCCAUGACGUUGCAUAUAAAGCGAAAGAUCGUAGUGACUUGGUUGCUGGGAUUGAUGAGUUUCUCGAUCAGGUUACUGUUCUUCCCCCUGGAGAGUGGGACCCAACAAUUCGUAUAGAGCCCCCCAAAAAUGUUCCAUCUCAGGAGAAACGUAAGAUUCCAGGUGUGCCAAAUGGAACCGCUGCUCAUGGAGAUGCAGAGCCACUCGGAGGGCACUCAGGACCUGAAUUACAACGCACUGGAAAGUUUUUUGGGGGCUUGAUUUUAGAUAUCAAGAGGAAAGCACCUUUCUUUUUGAGUGACUUUACCGAUGCAUUCAGCUUGCAGUGUCUAGCCUCAUUCCUGUUUCUCUACUGUGCAUGUAUGUCUCCCGUUAUUACAUUUGGUGGUCUGCUGGGAGAAGCAACAGACGGUCGUAUAAGUGCAAUAGAAUCCUUGUUUGGUGCAUCUAUGACUGGAAUAGCCUAUUCACUCUUUGGUGGACAGCCUCUUACCAUACUAGGUAGCACAGGACCAGUUUUGGUGUUUGAAAAGAUAUUAUUCAAAUUUUGCAAGGAGUACGAGCUGUCUUACCUUUCCUUGAGAGCGAGCAUUGGCUUGUGGACUGCAAUUCUGUGCAUCAUUCUUGUUGCAACCGAUGCAAGCUCCCUGGUGUGCUACAUUACUCGGUUUACUGAAGAAGCUUUUGCAUCCCUUAUCUGCAUCAUUUUCAUCUACGAGGCCUUAGAGAAGCUCUAUCAUCUCAGCGAGACAUAUCCAAUCGAUAUGCAUAAUGAUUUGGAGCUAUUGACACAAUACUCGUGCAGCUGUGUGGAGCCAGACAACCCCAGCAAUAACACUUUGCAAUACUGGCAGGCCCGGAAUGUGUCCUCAUCCGAUAUCCCCUGGGGAAACCUAACGGUGACAGAAUGUAAAACGUGGCAAGGGAGAUUUGUAGGACGUGCCUGUGGACAUCAUGGUCCUUACACCCCAGAUGUGCUCUUCUGGUCAGUCAUCUUAUUCUUUUCUACAGUGACACUGUCCUCCACACUGAAGCAGUUCAAGACCAGUCGCUAUUUCCCAACCAAGGUUCGUUCUGUAGUGAGUGACUUUGCUGUCUUUCUCACCAUCCUGGCCAUGGUGCUAGUGGACUACGCCCUUGGGAUUCCAUCCCCAAAGCUUCAGGUUCCAAAUGCUUUCAAGCCCACCAGAGAUGACCGUGGCUGGUUUAUCACACCUUUGGGACCCAAUCCUUGGUGGACAGUGCUAGCUGCUGUAAUUCCAGCUCUUCUUUGUACUAUUCUGAUAUUUAUGGAUCAGCAGAUUACAGCCGUUAUUAUAAAUCGAAAAGAGCAUAAAUUAAAGAAGGGCUGUGGCUAUCACCUGGAUCUGCUGAUGGUGGCUCUCAUGCUUGGCGUCUGCUCUAUCAUGGGCUUGCCAUGGUUCGUUGCGGCCACUGUCCUCUCCAUUUCUCACGUGAACAGCUUGAAACUGGAGUCAGAGUGCUCUGCCCCUGGAGAACAGCCCAAAUUCCUUGGCAUCCGUGAGCAACGGGUCACAGGGCUCAUGAUAUUUAUCCUUAUGGGCUCGUCCGUUUUUUUAACCAGAAUUCUUAAGUUCAUUCCCAUGCCAGUACUUUAUGGUGUGUUUCUUUACAUGGGUGCCUCUUCUCUCAAAGGAAUUCAGCUUUUUGACAGAAUCAAAUUAUUCUGCAUGCCUGCCAAACACCAGCCAGACUUCAUCUACCUGAGGCAUGUUCCUCUUCGAAAGGUCCAUCUCUUCACAGUUAUCCAGCUGAGCUGUCUAGUGCUGCUGUGGGUUAUCAAAGUUUCAAGAGCUGCUAUCGUGUUUCCUAUGAUGGUCUUGGCCUUGGUGUUUGUCAGAAAACUCAUGGACCUAUUUUUCACCAAACGUGAGCUGAGCUGGCUGGAUGAUUUGAUGCCGGAAAGCAAGAAGAAGAAACUCGAAGAUGCUGAAAAAGAGGAAGAACAAAGUAUGUUAGCAAUGGAAGAGGAAGGUACUGUCCAGUUACCACUGGAAGGGCACUAUAGAGACGACCCGUCUGUGAUAAAUAUUUCUGAUGAAAUGGCCAAAACAGCUGUGUGGAAGACGCUUUUGAUAUCGUCCGAAAACACCAAGGAGAAGGAGUCCAGCUUUCCUUCUAAAAGCACUGAAAGCCGAAGAGAGAAGAAAGCUGACUCAGGGAAAGGUGUGGACCGCGAGACUUGUCUAUGA